AUGGUUGAGAGCAAAUGCAUUGAAGUGGACAAUGCACAGAGUUCAAACAACCAAACGAACCCCAAGCUCAACAACGAGCAGUGGCAAGCCCUGAUAGCUUUACAUCGGACGCUGUUGCAUGAGCAUCAUGACUUCUUCCUCGCGUCCCAGCAUCCCUCAGCCAGCCCAGCCUUGCGACGGCUUGCCAGCAAAUACGCCAUGCCGGCGCGUAUGUGGAGGCAUGGAAUUCACUCCUUCUUGGAGGUGCUGCGUCACCGU